AAAGUUAAUGUAGCGUAUUGCAAGCCUCAAAGUUUAUUUUUUUGCAAACGAUAGAAAUAGUACUGAGAUCUGAAACGAUGGAAAUGGAAUAAACAAAAAAAUCAUCGGUGAAAAAAAAUAUCUCAACAAGGUUAUUUGGUUCAUUCCCUGCUCAAUAAAAGCUAACAAACUUCAUUUAGUAAAGAUGACAAGUAGUCAGCAAAAAGCCGUAGCAACAGUAAUCACCAUCCUUCUUGUGUGUGCAUCCCUUCAAGAAACACAAGCACAUGUCAAAGUGAAGAAACUUAUCAAAGCUGGUCUUGUUCUAGGAGCUCUAGCCUCAAGAAAACUUCCAAGAGUGUUACCCUUACCUAUACCCAUCCCUGUCAACCUCAACAAGGAACAAGAAUUCAGCGGAGGUCAUUUUGGCAAUGAAUACUAUGGAACUGGAUACGGAUAUGGUCCGGCUGGAGGUUUUGGACAAGGAGUCUAUGGUGGUGGUGGCUAUGCUGCACAGUAUGGACAACAGUGGUAUUAGUUGGACAAUUCAUGUUCAUGAUUCAGAGAUUCAUCAACUCAUUAGGACAUCAAUCAAAUGCAUUUAAGUUCAUUGAUAUAAUUCCAUGAGAAAUUCACUAUCACCAAAUCAUCAUCUUCAAAUGUUCCUGUAAUCAUCGAUGUUUAGCAGUAACUGAAAUGACCGAUUUGUAUAUAUUUCAUGUAUGUAAGCUAUGUAGUUUUCUACGUUCCCUUGUUUUUGAUUUUAAGAAAAAUAAAUGAAAUUACAUUAAA